AUGCACGGAUACUCUUGUGAAUGUGUCCCAGGAUAUACGGGGGAAAAUUGUUCCACAAAUAUUAACGAAUGUCAAUCGGAUCCAUGUCAGAAUGGAGGAAAAUGUGCCCAUGCAAUUAAUGGAUACUCUUGUCAAUGUGUACCAGGAUAUACAGGGAAAAAUUGUUCCACAAAUAUUAACGAAUGUCAAUCGGAUCCAUGUCAGAAUGGAGGAAAAUGUACCGAUGCAAUUAAUGGAUACUCUUGUCAAUGUGUACCAGGAUAUGCAGGGAAAAAUUGUUCCACAAAUAUUAACGAAUGUCAAUCGGAUCCAUGUCAGAAUGGAGGAAAAUGUACCGAUGCAAUUAAUGGAUACUCUUGUCAAUGUGUACCAGGAUAUACAGGGAAAAAUUGUUCCACAAAUAUUAACGAAUGUCAAUCUGAUCCAUGUCAGAACGGAGGAAAAUGUACCGAUUCAAUUAAUGUAUACUCUUGUCAAUGUGUACCAGGAUAUACAGGGAAAGAUUGUUCCACAAAUAUUGACGAAUGUCAACCUGAUCCAUGUCAGAAUGAAGGAAAAUGUACAGAUGCAAUACAUGGGUAUUCCUGUGAAUGUGUUCAAGGAUAUACAGGGAAAAAUUGUUCCACAAAUAAUUAUAUGGAUAUAAAAAAAUUGUUUAAUUUGCAGGAUUUAGGAUUACUUAGCCCAAAGCAUGAAAUGUAUGAAUCUCAAAUUCAAGAAAACAGACCAAAGAAUCGAUAUACCAACAUUUUGCCAUUUGACCAUUCUAUAGUAAAACUGAUAGAAAUUGAAGAUGAGCCAGGUUCAGAUUUCAUUAAUGCAAAUUACAUUCCAGGUUAUAGCUCUCCAAGAGAGUACAUAGCAUCCCAAGGACCACUACCAGCGACUCAAGCCGACUUCUGGAGAAUGGUUUGGGAGCAAAACGUCAGCAUUAUUGUAAUGCUUACCCAAUUGAUGGAAAGAGGAAGGAAAAAAUGUGAAUUAUACUGGCCUGAAGAUACCAAGGAAAAAAGAUUCUUUGGGGACAUUAUUGUAGAAGUGGAAUCAGAUUCAUUUCUCCCAGAGUAUGCACUUCGUAUCAUUGUGCUUCGGAUGGGUGAUGUCGAGAGGAGAAUACGCCAUUACAAUUACUUAGCAUGGCCGGAUAUGGGCACACCUAAAACAUCGAACAAUAUGAUAACUUUUGUUGAUACAAUAAGAAGAGAAGUGAAACCAACGACGAAUGGUCCAAUUCUUGUUCACUGCAGUGCUGGAGUUGGACGAACUGGUACAUUUAUUGUAAUGGACAUAUUACUGCAGGAACUUCGGUCUGGACGCCAAGAAGUUGAUAUAUUUGGAACAAUUUUGAAACUUCGCAACAACCGGGUGAAUAUGGUACAGACUGAGGAUCAGUAUGUGUUUAUAUUUAACUGUAUCAAAGAUUUCAUAGAAUCAUCUGCUGACUCGCCCGCUGAUUCUGAACUCUGGCACCAGAAAGGUGCUACCACUGCAGACAUGAACUGA